GAUGGGUGGCCACGGGAGAGUGGGGGCGAUGGAGGAGGAAGGGUGCGAGCUCUAGAGGAGGAGAGCAGAAUUAGGAGAACGAAGGGAAGAGGAAGGCUACCGUCCGUCUCCCUCUGGUCUUCGGCUCACCCUUUUUCCCGUCCUGGCCAUUUGGUGCAGUCCCUGCCGUCAGGCCGUUUACGGAAGUUUGGCGGAGAUCUCGCCCGCCAGCCCUUUCACCUUAGGAGUUUCUCCCACAGAAUGAGACAGAAAAAGCUUCUUUAAUUGCUCCGUGACCGGAAGAAUCGAAGAUUCCGAAAUCAACGGCCGGUCUCCUUACAAAAAAGUACUCAAAGAAUAACGUCGCUUCCGAAACCUGGAUCCUCUUUCAUAGCUUCUCGGAGUCCGAUCAUGGAGGGGUCUUCUGGGCUGAGGAGGAGAUCUGACUGAAAGAGAGGCCCUUCUCUUCUCUCUUUCCUUUCUGAAACUCUCCACAUUCGGCGGAAGCUCGGCUGCUCCUUUGUUCCAGCUCUCUUUCUCGCCUUGCUUCUCGCUUGUACGCCGCAAUGACGACGGCCAGCGAGGAGGCGGUCAUGCUGGGAUCACCGACAUCGUCUACGGGCUCCCCUAAGAAUCGCUUGAAGUUCCUCUGUAGCUACGGCGGGCGGAUCCUCCCGAGGCCGUCCGAUGGGAAUCUCAAGUACGUCGGAGGAGAGACGCGCGUCGUCGUCGUUCCCCGGAACACCACCUUCUCAGGUUUGAUGAGGAAACUGACCAUGCUCUUCGAAUCGGACGUGGUGCUCAAGUACCAACUCUUCUCCGAGGACCUGGACUCUCUGGUCUCAGUGACCUGCGAUGAAGACCUACAAAACAUGAUCGACGAGUACGACCGCCAGCAGUCCUUCUUAGCGGCAACAACUCCCGGUGGCAGUGCCGCCCGGCUCCGCGCCUUCCUCUUCCCCGCCAACCCGUCUCCCCUCCUUUUUGAAUCAACCACCCCAACCGGGGACACCCUCGAGCAGCGCUACAUCGACGCCGUCAAUGGCAUCCGCACCGUCAACGUCUCUCCUUCCACCCGCUAUAAUCAGCACCAUCUCCAUCACCUCAACUACCCCCACCAUCGCGCACCUUCCUCCAAUGAGUCCUCCCCCAGAUCAGGUGUAAUGGAGCAGUCGACUCUUGCCGUCGCGGCCGGACCUAGUAACGACUCUCCCGCCAUUGAGUUCACACCGCUCCAGAGGGUGUAUAGCUCGCCGAAUUUACUGGGCAACAAUAGCGCCGCUGCCACCGCAGUCCAACAGAGAUUCUGUGGCUACAAGGGAGGGAGGUUGCUGGGCCCCGUCUGCCGGCCUGGCCCCGUGAGCAGUCAAGUGGGUGGUCAUCAGGCGUUGCAGAGGAACGGAGGCGGUGGGUCCGGUCGGUUCUACUCUCCGGUGCACAAGAGAGGAGGUGGUGGCCACCUAGAGGAGAGCUACCACCAUCGCAGAGAAGGCAGCGGUGGGAUGUGGGAGAUGGAUUGGAGAUCAUGAAAGCUCAGGUUUGCGAACAGGGUUUGUUUUGUAUUUUAUGUACACAAUGGAAUCUCUAUAAUGUAUAUUUAUAAUACCGAAACUUCAUUGCCGAAGGGUUCGAACCCUUGGAAGACUUAUCUGAACACCCAGUCAGAAUUGGCAUUAACCCGGCAAAAGUCUACUUGGUCUUAACAUGACUACAAAGGAAAUGCAUACAGCCCAAACCACGCUAUCAAAGAUUCACUCGCUAUUUUGUUUGGUUGUUUGAUGUCUUGGUUAUGCUAAUUCUU